AUGCCGGAGCCCCGCCCAGCUCCGCUGCAACUCCGUCCAAUGAGCGGACGAGCGGGGAGCUCAUCCGCACGGCGAUUGGUCGAGGCGGACGUCAGUCCGCAGGCGGGGCGGGGCGGAGGCUCGAAGUGCGGAGGCUGCGGGCUGCGCGGAGGUGCGGUGCAUGGGAUGGCAGGCAGGAGCCAGGACCGGAGCCUGCGGGAGGAGCUGACCUGUGCCAUCUGCUGCGAGCUCUUCAGGGAGCCUGUCAUGCUGGACUGCAUGCACCACUUCUGCAAGGCCUGCAUCCAGGGCUACUGGGACAGCUGUUCCCGUGUCCCCUCCUGCCCCCAGUGCCGCCGUGAGUUCCCCAGCCGGACUUUCCGCACCCACUACCUGCUGUCAGGGCUGGUGGAGAAGGUACGGCGCUGUGGUUCUGUGGAGCACCGGCACAGGAUGCAGAAGCACUUGGAAGAUGCUUUGCAAGCUCGUCAGAAGGAAAUGGAGAACUUUUUGAGGAGGAAGCAUGCAACAGAGGAACAUAUCUGUGGCCUGACGAAGGUGUCUGGGGAACUGAACUUGAAGAUCCGUACAGAGUUCGCCAACCUUCAUCAGAUCCUGGAGGAAGAGGAGAGAGCUGUUUUGGCAGAGCUGGGCGAAAAGGAAGAGCAGUCACUGGCACGGCUGCACGGGGAUGUUCACCGGCUGGAGGAGGGGAUGUCAGUGCUGCAGAGGGACAUAGAGCGCAUAGAGCAGACCCUGAGCAAGAUAGAAGAGGUGUCGUUGCUGGAGGUGGAGAGCCUGGAUAUCAGGCCCUCGGUGCGUGUUGAGACCCAGCCUGCCUUCGACCUGGAGCACUACAGGGACAGCCGCAGUGGCCCUUUGCAGUACAUCUUCUGGAGACGGAUGUUGAAGUCCAUCUGCCCUGCCCCUGCCCCACUCACUUUCGACCCUGAGUCAGCCCACCCCAACCUGGUCUUCUCCAGAGACCUGACGGCGGUGACAGAGAGGAAUCAAGCCCAGCCUGUCCCCAGCAGCCCCCGGCGCUUCCGUCAAUGUGUCAAUGUCCUGGGCUCACAGACCUUUGACAGCGGCCAGCACUACUGGGAGGUCUGGGUGGGCAGCAAAACAAAGUGGGACCUGGGGGUGGCUGCCGAGGCUGUGGACCGGGCAGUGAAGGUCAAGCUGUGCCCUGAGAAUGGCUACUGGACGCUUCGCCUGCGGAACAGGACGGAGUACUGGGCCACCACCACCCCCUGGGUGCGCCUGACUCCCUGCCGGCCUCCCCGGAAAGUGGGGGUCUUUCUGGACUGCCGGGAGGGCACCGUCACCUUCUUCGAUGCUGGGAACAUGUCCCACCUCUUCACCUUCCACCAGGUCACUGCAGAGAGAUACUGCCCCUUCUUCAGCACCUGCUUCAGUGAUGGGAGGGAAAACAUGGAGCCCAUGCGCCUCUGCCACCUGGCCCUGUGAGGGACGGGGGAGUGGGGUGCUUUGGGCACACCAGCCUGGCACACCUCUCCCUUCAGAGCUGCUGGAGGGCUGCCUGGGGCUAUGCUGGAGGCUGAUCUUGUACAUAUGGACCUGGUGGGUGUUGGGGGGCUGGUUUAGUUUCAUUUUGGGGAGGGAGGAGGAGGUUGAGUCUCUUCCCAGCUCCUGUCUGCCCUCCCUUCUGUGUGCUGUGGUCUGUGGGUACUGCACUGCAUUCCAGGAGGUGCCUGGCACCCCUUGAACAACCUUCUAUCCCUGAGGAUUGCACAGUUCAGUAACUACCGCCACAGGGCUGCAGUGGAGGUGGCUGCAGGCUGUGUGCACCUCCUGUCCCUCUGUGCUCCCACCCUGUGGAGGAGGGGGGCAGUGGUCCCAGAUCACUGUCGGGUGCUUCUUGACACUCAACUCUGUCCCUGGGGUGGGCUUCCUCUGCUGGAGGAGCUUUGUGGGGAAGGGCUCCAGGCUGGCAGCAGAGGGAGCUCAGUGCACGGUGUGGGACCCACUGCAGCCCAGGGACUUCUGGUGCUGUCUCCCUUCAACUGAAAUCACUAUUAAAAUUCAUUAGAAAUA